AAAAACGUAACGUGAAAAGUUGAUGGAUUUUAAUGGUAAAAAAGUAGCUGAAUCACUUUGUGAAAACUUGAAAAAGUGUUAAUCCAUUCAUUGGUGUUGUCUUUAUAAUUUUAAAUUUCCUGAGGAAUAAAACAGUUUCACAAAAACUAUGGGGUAUUAUUUGAACAAUUUUAUAAAAUUUAGGGUUUUUUAGUCAUUUUUUCUAAACCCGCCUUAAGAGUUAAGAGCAUAAAGAAACUAUAAAACCCUAAGAAACAGAAGCAAACACUAAACCCUAAACAACAAUCAAAGCCACCGGCACUUCCUUCAUUCGGAGAUCGCAAUGAUGAUGCCGGAACUUCCAGAAGAUUUGUUAGAGGAGAUACUCUGCCGCGUUCCGGCUACAUCUUUGAAACAGUUACGAUGUACUUGCAAACUAUGGAACCGUUUAUUCAACGAUAAGAGAUUCGCAAGAAAACACUUCCGUAAAGCCCCAAGGCAAUCUCUGAUUCUCAUGUUGAAGAAUUUAGGGUUUUCUUCGAUGAGCUUCAAUCUCCACCGAGUUUCACCAAUAGAGAUCAUUGGUGAACUUAACCUAAUCGACCCUCAUUCUAGUUCAUAUCUAUUCAAGAUCUAUCAAAGCUAUCACAGUUCAGACGGUUUAUUGUUAUGCGUCAACAACAUGGAGGGAAGUACUAGGCUCGUGGUAUGGAACCCGUGUACUGGUCAAACCAAGUGGAUCCAACACAGAAAGAUAGGCUACUUCUGCACCUAUUCUCUUGGAUCCUACCAAGACAACAAAUCCGGAAAUAAUAGCUACAAAAUAUUGAGCCGUAGGAUUAAUGGUUACCCAGAAUUCGAAAUUUAUGAGAUUAACUCAAAUUCAUGGAGGCAUCUUGAUGUCACUGUGGACUGCACCUUUAUGUACCUUCAAAACGUGUCUUUGAAGGGAAAGACUUACUGGUUUGCUAGAGAUGAAAAAGAGAAACAGCUUGGCUUAAUCUUAAUGAUCAGUUUUGAUUAUACAACAGAAAGAUUUGAACGUCUACAUCUUCCGUAUAAGUAUCCUGAUUUUCGAAACAUUGAUUUUUCUGUUGUUAGAGACGAGAAACUUUCCGUGUUAUUACAACGCAACCUUACACCGAAGACAGAAAUAUGGGUGACAAAUAAGAUUGGUGAGACCAAAGUGUUGUCUUGGAUCAAGGGCUUAACGGUGGAUUUGAAGCCUGAGCUUAGAGAUGGCAUAAAAUUCUUGGUCGAUGAGGAGAAGAAAGUCCUCGUGUGUACUCAAAAUAAUGGAUAUAAAAGGCAAACUAUGGUAUACAUCGUUGGAGAGGACAACAAAGUUAGGGAAGUGGCUUUUGGAGACGAAUUCAAACCAUUUUGGUUGAAUUAUGUUCCAAGUUUGACUCAAAUCCAGCAAGGUGAUGAUUAAGCUACAAGAAAACCUUUUUUGGUUUUUGUUUUUUC